GAGAUUUUCCACUGCAUUUUCGAUUCUCCUCUUUGGGAUUGCAGAGAUUUUAUCAGAGUUUAUCCUAUCUUCCUUGUUCAAUUCUCCGAUUCUCCUUCAAAGUUCAAACUCAAACCCUAGAUUUGCUGUGAUGCCAAGGAUUUGCCAAGGGAAUCGAAGUUGCGAUUGUUGAAAAGUCACUCGAAAGUAGGAUCGAUGGACCUCAAUGACCCCGAAAUUGUUGAUGUCGACCUGGAAACAAGCGAAGAGAUUCUGGAAGACGAGGGUGAGCAUGAUUCAGGAAAUGAGGCAGAAACCAAAUUUGUACCAAUUUUCAUUCAUUUGGGUGGGAGGUUUAUACAGGAAGCUGGUAAUUCAAUUUCAUAUGUUGAUGGUGAAUGUGAUGACUGGAUUAUUAAUAGGGAUAAGUUUACACUGUUUGAACUUUAUACUAAGAUUGGUAUUGCUGGAUAUGAUGCUGAUAUGGUUGACCAAAUAUGGUAUUUAGAACCAAGAAAAACAAUUAUAGAUGGUUUGAAACCUAUUAGGAAUGAUCAUGACAUUAGGGAUGUUUUGGGGGUGUUGAAGGUGGAGAAAAAGGAUGCUGGUAAUGAUGGUAAUGAAGACAAUGAACAUUUUGAGGAUGAAGAUGAUUUUCUUCCAUAUAUAUCUGAAUUGAGUGAUAAUGAAGAUGAGGAAACUGUCGAGGCGAGAAAGAAAAUGAAGUCUUUGCAUGAGGCAACUUCGAGAUCAAAAAAUGCUAGGAAAGGUGUUAAGUAUGGUCGUAGUCAACCAUCAGCAGGAACUAGUCAUGAAAUUCCCUCAUCUUCAACUGGUCACAAUGAUCUUGGUCUUGAGGAUUCAUUAAGCUCAGAUGAGGAUAUCGGCUGCAUUUCAACAAGUGAAGAGGAUGGAAGUGAAGUUGAACACACUAGGAGAAGGAAGAGUAAGCACAAAGUUUUCCGAGGAACAGAUGAUGGCAAUGUACAGAUUGAGUUAGGCAUGGUUUUUCUAAACAAAGCUGAGUUUAAAAAAGCUGUUGAUAAAUUGAGCAUUAUGCAAAGGAGGCAAAUCAAGUGGGUCAAGAAUGAUAAGAAGAGACACAGAGCUAUUUGUAAUGAAAGGCACUGUGAUUGGAAGAUUUUGUUAGCGUGGGAUAAGUCAACUGAGACAUGGAUGGUCAAGACAUUUAACAGUGAACACACGUGUGAAUGGGGAUCGACCAAUCAGAGAUGUAAUUCAACAUUUGCAAUGAACCAUUUAUUGAAGACUAAGGGUUUUACUGCUGUUUAUUUGAAAAGUGGUGAUAUUUUUACUGAAAUAUGGGAUGAGUUGAACGUGGAGUUGACUCAAGUCCAGUGUAGGAUUAUUAAAAUGAGGCUGAGAAAGACUUUCGAAGGGGAUCAUUCAUUGGAAUACAGCAAGCUUUUUGACUAUGCUGCAUAACUGAGAAAAAGAGAUCCAGGAGCCACUGUUUUGAUUUAUGCACCGAGGCCACUACCUGAACUGAACCCUAUUUUCUUGAGGAUGUAUGUGUGUUUUAGUGCAAUGAAAAAGGGAUUUAUUG